AUGCUUUCCAAUGUUGACUCAAGCUCCACGGUUGUCAUCCACUUUGGACAGGUACAAGAUCUGGGCCCCGCCGAGAUUGAUAAACUUGGAAACCGUGACUCAGGAUCUGCCGUGCCUGCCAUUGAGUGCAUAUUUCUGUCUCUCGGUCAGGGCGAUGGGGCUGCUGAAAGUGAGCCUGGAUGCCUGCAGAUCGAUGAUGCCUUCUCGGACGGCGUUCUCGGCAAGGAGACUGCGGACCGGACAUUGAUUUCUAAGACGGCUCUCAGCUCGGUAUCGGUCUUGCCCCAGUGGAUGCCGUACCAACAAAGUGGUUGGAUCGGUCUUAGUGCCUCCUUCUAG